CAGCUUCUCGUCACAGUCAAUGCCGUGAACCUAUUUCGCCUAGUGGUCAAUCCUCAUGACUUCGGGCAAUCAGUCGAGAAUCUGUUUCACCUGUCAUUUCUCGUCCAGGAUGGUACAUGUGCUCUACACAUUAGAGAUGACGGAGAGCCUCUCAUAUGCAUAUGUGAGUUUCAAUAUGAGCUGCUAAGGGCCCACCCGCACUCACGGCUCAACCUGGACACCUUUCGAAACGAUGUUUCGGGUCGAAAAACCCUUCGGAUUUUCAGCCCAAAUAGCUUCUUUCUGUAUGGUAGCUACCGCUUGUAG